GCGCACCGGAGCCCGGGUCACAAUGCAGCCCUCCCCUUCGACGCUGCAGCCGGGGCAUGCAGCAGACACCUGCCAGGCUUCGCCUGGACCGAAGCGUCCUCCCGCGGCCAGGGCUUGGGCAGUUGCUUCCAGCCUGGGACCGGCCUCGGCCUCCGGCAGAGCGCCCCGGGGCCUGGACAUGAGUGACCAGGAGACCCCACAGGGUCGAAGAUUCCCCAUUGAGGCCGGAGACUCCCCUGGCCUUGCCGACACCCCCGAGUCCCAGGACAGCCGGGAGCCCAGAGCUACUGAACACAACCGGGUCAGGCCGCUUCGACGCUGCCCGGGCUGCCACUGUCUGACGCUGCUGCACGUGCCCAUCGACGUCUACCUGGCCAUGGGCGGGAGCCCCCGGGCCCGUGCCACCUGAGUGCUCCGCAAGAGCCGGGCGGGACGAGGUCAGCCGCGGGCCACCACGUUGAGGUCGCACGCGCCGAGCACGAGACAGUGAUGCACAUUUUUAAAUAAAAGAAUGAUGCACAUUUUAAUAAAGCACAGCAUAAACUGUUCUUUCCA